CAAACAGCGGCAACUCAUUUCAAAAUUAAAUUGAACUAAAAAGCGUUUUUCUGAAUUUCUCUUUUCUGUAGCAUCUACUUCAACCUCGCCUUUCUUCUUUCCUACUUCUCUGUUGUCGCUCUCUUCUGUGUCAAUUUCAGCUUCAGCUUCAGUUCCAAUUCGAAAUAAAGGUUGAAAUCAAGAUUGAAGAAGAUGGGCUAUGUCUCCUCCAAUCCCCUUGAUGGUGAUGACGAAUUCCGCCAGCUGGGUAGCUCUGCUCUGGGCCACCACGUCGUCUCUCUCACCUCCACCACCUACGGCCUCCUCACCCUCGACCCUGUGCCUCCUCCGCUCACUCCUCCCCUUCCUCCUCCUCCUCCUCCCCCGCCUCCUCACUCUGAACCCCGCACGCCUCCGUCUCUCCGCUCCGAUCCGGAGGUCAUCAACUCCUGGGAGCUCAUGGCCGGUCUCGACACCGACAGCUUCCGGUUCUUCCCAUUCCCACAACCCCCAAAGUCCUCCGCCACCAAAAAAAGCGACGCUGCCUACAUGAUCAACGACAAAGAGAACUCCGACCCCAAUCAAUCUGUCCGCAAGACCGCCAUUUCUGGAGGAGAGGGCGUUCUAAAGCCGUUAAAGGACAGCCUCCGCAGACCGUCGUUGGCGACGAGGGACUCGCUGGAGGGGUUCGAGAAACGGUGCCCCCCAAACGGUGAGAACAGGGUGGUGGUGUACACAACGUCGGUGAGGGGCGUGCGGAGGACGUUCGAGGCCUGCGCCGCCGUGAUGACGGCCAUCGAAGGGCUGGGAGUGUGGGUUUGCGAGAGAGAUAUUUCGAUGGAUCGAGGGUUUAGGGAAGAGCUGAGGGAGCUGAUGAAGGGGAAAGAGAGUGGGUUUAUGAUUCCGCCGAGGGUUUUUGUGAAGGGAAGAUACUUGGGUGGAGCCGAAGAGGUGCUGAGGAUGGCGGAAGAGGGGUUUUUGAGUGAGCUGCUUGAUGGGUUGCCGAAGAACAAGGGAGGGGUCUCGUGCGAGGGGUGUGGGGGCGUGAGGUUCUUGCCCUGUUUUCGGUGUAACGGGAGCUGCAAGUUGGUGAUGGUGGUGAAGGAAAAUGCUGGGCAGAAACGGGGGAGGAAGGUGGUGGUGGUGAGGUGUUCUGAGUGUAACGAGAAUGGGUUGGUGCUCUGCCCAAUUUGCAGCUAAAUCAAAAUGAAUGCACUGCGAGGCUUCGCUGGUUGGCCUUCCUUCACAUAGUGAGAUGUUUCAAAUUACCAGUUUGAAUUUGUGUGAGGAUGUGCUCUGCUCCCCCGUCUCUGCAAUGAAUAACUUAUUCCAUGUUUCUCUUUUCUGUGCAAUGUUUCUGGCUUUGUUGUGCUCUGUUUUUUCUUUUUCCUACGAAGGCAAGAUAAUUAAGCUACAUCUUCAGGAUCACUUAGCCAGC